AUGGGAAAAACCGACUCGAGUUUUUCGAAUGAAAAAAAGAAACGAAGAAAAACGAAGCAGGAAAAAUUGGUGGAAAAAUUCCUACAAGCGACAAGUGUAGGCGAGAAAAUCAAGCGUCGUCCCGACGCUCCAACACGAAGCUCUGAAUCGCGACUGCUCGACGACGGCCACGACGCUCCUCGCCUCCCUCCGACGACCCGCUUCCCCUACCGCCGCUCCCCCUCCCCUCCGACGCCAACGUCGCGCGGUUCUCCGUGGUUCCGGGCCACGGGCUUCUCCUCGCGUCCCGCGCACCUGCGACGGCGACGUCGACGUCGAGGGCGACCCCAACCCCGACCCCCACCCCCACCCCCACCCCUUGACGUUGGUCGCCAUGACACGGCGUCGGCGGUUGUCGGUUCACGCCGCGACGCGCCGACACUUUUGUUGCGCUUAACCAAGCCCGUGAACGAUGUGUCAGGACCGCCGCCCCCACCACCACCCCCACCCCCACCCCCGCCCCGCGACCGUACGACACCCUGCUAA